UAGUUGGAAUAUUUUCAAUCAUGGUGGCAUUAGGAGGAUUUUCAUUAUGUGCGUACUUCAAAAGGAAUCGAAAAAAUUCAGAUAAAAAUCAUUUACCCUCUACCACGACUCUAGCGAGACAGCAAGACAACGUACAGUUGACAAUCAAAUCAAGAAGCACAGCUCUUCCCAGUUUAAAGAACAUGCAAUCGGACUUUUAUGAGUCGAAUAAUUAUGAGGACUAUGAGGAGCCAGCAUCUGAAGUGAAAAUGAAAGACUUAGAUGCUCCUCCUCCUCCAAUCCCAUGUCAAGAUUCGAGAGACCUGAAAUACGAAUCGUGUAUCAAAUCAAAUAAAACAGAACAUGAAUAUCGAGGACUGUUUGAGAAAAGUGGGGAGUUUACAGCAAGUAUUAGAAGUGAACAUGCCUACGUUGAGCUAACCUAA